AUGCGCAUGCGUUUUUCUCCAAGCAGAGAUCCCUGGCGCCACCGCGUGCGCACGCACGCGAUGCUGGAGGCUUCAGGAACCGUUUACGUCUGUCGAGCAUCGAUGGCUCGAGGCGCCGAGACUGUGGCAGCGGGUGUUCUCUAG